AUGGGCACUAGUGCAGGAGGAAACAUAGCCUAUCAUGUUGGUCUUAGUGCACCUUCUUCUGCUGAUGAUCUUCAGCCUUUGAACAUUAAAGGCGUGAUUUUGCACCAACCAUUCUUUGGUGGCAACAAGAGGACGGAUUCGGAGUUGAGGGCUGUAAAUGACAAGAUUGUACCACCCUGUGUUAGUGACAUCAUGUGGGAACUUUCAUUGCCCGUAGGCGCUGACCGAGAUCAUGGAUUUUGCAAUCCAGUAUUGAGCAUCAAACCCGGACAAUUCGAUCAUAUUAAAGAUUUGGGACGGAAGAUUUUGGUGACUGGCUAUGAUGGUGAUCCAUUGUUUGAUCGUCAAGUUGAGCUUGUAUAG